AUGCGGCCUCUUGCCAUCCAGCUCCUCCCGCUCAUCAUCACCCUCGUCAUCAUCGGCGGCCUGGCCUUCGUCGGCUACCAGAUCUACCUCAGCGUCGUCAGCAUGCGGGGCAACGUCUCCCAGAAGAUGGGCAAGAAGAACGUCGUCUUCACAAAGGACGGCCUGCGCGUCGGCGUCAAGCACGUCGAGAACGAGAAGUACGUCGACGCCACCCAGAGCUGGGUCGUCAAGGCCUGGAACAUGAGCGGCAAGAACAAGGAGGAGGACGAGCACCACAACAAGCUCCAGAAGCGACGACAAUGA